GGAUUCACCAGAACUAUGCGCCUCAUAAUUUUGCUCAGAACUUUAGCAGAACAUGCAGAGCUCUUCUUUAAGCAGGAUCCAAUCCAAUACCAAUUUGCGCACUGUUUGCCUGACAGCACCAUUGUCAACCUUCCAUGGUGGGUCGUGGCGGCAAGUGUUUCGCCUUCCGAACAAACCAACAGAAACGUCACCUAGGUGCAAACAUUUCGCAAGUGCAACCCACAGCAACAGCUCGAUCUACAAACGAUAGCUGCCUUGGCUAUGAAGAUUGAUAUUCACCCGCUCACGAACGAUCCGACGUCCGCAUGGAAGGAAAUAUCGAAAUCACAGCGCGUGAUAAAAAUCAACACAAAGCCGCCGACUACAGACGUGCCCGCGAACAAGGUGCGCGUCGUCUGCAUGUCCGAUACCCAUUCGCUGACGCAUCACAUCAAGUUCGACAUUCCCGACGGCGAUAUUUUCAUCCACGCGGGAGACUUUACCCGCUGUGGCAAACUGGAUGAGGUGGUCGACUUUAACGAGUGGCUAAAGAAACUACCGCACAAGCACAAGCUGGUGAUUGCCGGAAAUCAUGAGCUCAGCUUCGACCAUACCUUCACCCAUCCGUUCCAAAAUGCAAGUGCCUGUUGCAAGAAGACGGGUUCCACGCUGCUAGACGAAAUACCCACGCUAGGCAACUCGAAGGAAAGCUUGGCGGAAGCCGUCAAGACGGAAAACAUUCGACAGUACUUGAGCAACUGUACCUACCUGCAGGAUGAGUGCGUCGAACUGUACGGGUUGAAGAUUUACGGCACGCCCUGGCAGCCCGAGUUCUGCAAGUGGGCGUUCAACGUCAAGCGCGGCCAGGCGUGCCUGGAAAAGUGGGAACAGAUACCGGAGUGCGUGGAUAUACUGGUGACGCACACACCGCCCGUCGGGCACGGCGACCUCUGCUGUUCGGGAGUGCGGGCAGGAUGUGUGGAGCUGCUGGCCACGGUGCAGCAGCGCGUCAAACCAAAGUACCACGUGUUCGGGCACGUGCACGAAGGCUACGGCAUCACUUCCGAUGGAAGGAUAAUCUUCGUGAAUGCUUCAACGUGCGACAUUAACUACCUGCCCAACAAUCAGCCGAUCGUGUUCGAUGUGGCCCUUCCGAAAGGUCGAACCAAAGAGGACUAAGUACGGGCUUGACGAAGGUUUCCCGUGUUAAAAGCGGUCCGCCGUGCCAUACCAUGACAUGCACUUAACAGCCCACUAGGUUACACCUUACUCGUAGUUUUGUUCCAGCAAGCAGCUCGAUGAGUGUCUGUAACGGGCAACAGACAUCUAGCGUCUUUAAACGUCGGUGGCUAGUAAUGAUCACACAACUCAACUCAAAGAACCAAAGGUUCACCUAGAAGAAAAGAAACAAAGGUAUUAUUGUACAUCGAAGUUGUUUUGCUUCACCACCUGUAUCUCCCAGUUGGCGGACGAGAUUUUUGCUAUAAUCUACAACAUAUACAUCUGCAGAAGGAGGUACGCAAAGGGGCCUUCGAAUGGCAAGACGCAGAGAUCGUAGAGGCGAACAACCUUACAACAAACAGCACAAUGAAACAAGCAGCAAUUAGUCAUCCCUAAAACGCUUAAGCGGAAACACAUAGACGUCACGUUAAGACUAGAAUUUGUAGACUGUGAAAUACCUUACUUAUAUGUUCCUUAUUUAUACGGUGUGAAGCUAGGGUUAUAUGAAACAGUAGAAACAAUUAUUGCUCAAACUCUUUUUCCGUUGUGUAAUGUGGUAGAUUUUCUUUCAAAGUUAAUCUUUCUUGAGAUUCGAAAUAGCGAUCUGUUUCACAAAUACCCGAGGGCUUAUUAUGAAUAAGGGCCGUUGAUCAUACACAUCUGUUUAGCUAAAGCGUCGUUCGUUUAAUUAAAACUCGCUGCGACUCUGUUUGUGUUCAAUUGUGCUAUUUAUUAUAAAA